AGCCGGUUCGUCCCGGAGAUGUUUCGGUUCUGGUGUAAAAACGCAGAGAGGAAGCAGAGCAGGAAGCGUUUCCUCUCACAUGUGUUUCAGAGUCCAAACAAACAGCAGCGGCAGCAGUAACAGUGUGUGAGUCUGAAACAUGAAGUCUGAGUUCGUGUUGAUCUGCUCUGCUCUCCUCUGGAUCACUGACGGAUUCCUCUCUAACUUUACCGGGAUCUGUUCACCGGGACUCACGGAUGAGUCUGUUGGGGAAUCGGUGCGUGUUUCUGUGGACUUGUCCCGGCUGGUCCACCGGGUUGAUCCUCGCUUUCUGUCCGUCACCAUCGAUGCCAGCCUGGCUUCAGAGGAGAAGUUCAUGUACCUUCUAAGCGCUCCGAAGGUCCGAACGUUGGCCCGAGCUUUAACUCCGGCGUUUCUGAGGUUUGGAGGAACCAGACAAGACUUCAUGGUGUUCACUCCUCAGUAUGAUCGGCUCAGCACGUUCAAUGCAGAGCGAUCCUGUGAGGAGCUGCAGCUGCCGUCAUGGCUGGAGGAGAAGCUGAAGAGAGACUGGACUCAGCAGCAGUCGGUCCUGAUGAGAGAAGACCUGCAGAGGAAAUAUAAACGACUCAAGUUCACAGAGUUCACUGUAGACUUGCUGCACUCCUUCACUAACUGCUCUGGGAUGGAUCUGAUCUUCGGGCUGAACGCUCUGCUCAGGACGGCCGAUAACAGCUGGAACAGCAGCAACGCUCGCACACUGAUGCAGUACUGUGAGUCCAGACAGUACAACAUGUCCUGGGAGCUCGGCAACGAACCGAACAGCUUUGAGAAGAAGGCGGGUAUUCGUGUGGACGGAUAUCAGCUCGGUCUGGAUUUCACUCGUCUCAGAGAGAUGAUGUCAGAAUCCAAACUGUACCAGAACACCGGGCUUUACGGGCCGGACGUGGGCCAGCCGCGAGACCACCGGGUGGAUUUACUGGAGGGGUUUCUGCAGAGUGGAGCAGAUGCAGUGGACGCCUGCACCUGGCACCAUUAUUAUGUGAAUGGAAGAGACACAUCGUUGGAGGAUUUUCUGGAUCCAGAAGUUUUUGACACUCUGACCUUAAAGACCAAUGAAGUCCUGGAGAAAGUGAAGCUGGCGUCUCCGGGGAAGUCGGUUUGGCUCGGAGAGACGAGCUCAGCCUACGGAGGAGGAGCUUUAGGACUGUCGGACACGUUCGUCGCUGGAUUCAUGUGGUUGGAUAAAUUAGGACUAGCAGCCAGACUGGGCCUGGACGUGGUGAUGAGGCAGGUGUUCGUCGGCUCUGGGAGUUACCACCUGGUCGACGAAAACCUGGAUCCACUUCCUGAUUACUGGUUGUCUCUUCUCUAUAAGAGGCUCGUUGGACCGGAGGUUUUGAAGAUCGAAGCUUUUUCUUUGGGCCGAAGUAAAAGAGUGAGGCUGUAUCUGCACUGUGCCAACAGGAAGAGCUACAGAGACGGAGCAGUCACGCUGGUAUCCAUGAACCUGAAUGAGAAGCCAGCCAGGAUCUGUGUGCCGGCGCUCACGUCGUCCAGCACAGUGGAAGCUUUUGUUCUUCAGUCUGAGCAGCCGGGAGAGGAAGGCCUCUACUCCAGGUCUGUGAGACUCAACGGAGAAACGUUGAAGAUGGUUGAUGAUGAAACUCUUCCUGACCUGAAAGGAGUCCGUCUGCCAGCUGCUGAACAUCUGCAGCUUCCUGCGUAUUCGCUGGCCUUCUUCGUCCUCACCGAAGCUCAAGCUGCCGCCUGCAGGACACUUCACUGAGACACGAUGCCGAAGACACACGAUUGACUGAGACACAAUGACUGAGACACGAGGACGGAGACACGAUGAUGGAGACACAAUGACGAAGACACGAUGACGGAGACACGAUGACGGAGACACAAUGAAAGAGACACGAUGACGGAGACGCGAUGACAGAGACACGAUGACGGAGACAAGAUGAUGGAGACACAAUGACGGAGACACACGAUGACAGAGACGCGAUGACGAAGACGCGAUGACGGAAACGCGAGGAUUGAGACACGAUGACGGAGACAAGAUGAUGGAGACACAAUGACGAAGACACGAUGACGGAGACACGAGGACUGAGACACGAUGACGGAGACACACAAUGACGGAGACACGAUGACAGAGACACGAGGACUGAGACACGAUGACGGAGACAAGAUGACGGAGACACACGAUGACAGAGACACACGAUGACGAAGACGCAAUGACGGAAACGCGAGGAUUGAGACACACGAGGACUGAGACACGAUGACGGAGACACGCGAUGACGUGGACGCGAUGACUUAGACGCAAUGACGAAGACACGAUGACGGAGACACGCUGACGUUGUCUCUCCGUCACAUUACACCGAGCUGUUGAUCAACACUAAAACCUCCUCAGCUCAGGUUGACAGACUGCACACUUUAAAUAUGUUUGGUGCUGUUUCUCUUUGAAUUGAUGCUGCAGUUUGUUUAUUUAUAGAAAAUAUUGUAAAGUUUGCAUUUUGUCAGAAAUGUUCAAAUAAAGUUUUGUUUUUUU